CUGGAGAAGAAAAAACCGCUGCUCGUCUGAGCCGCUUUAGCCCCUCGAGAUAUAAAAAUAAAAACACGUUAUUGUGUCUGGCUCUGAGGAUUUAAAACCCUUUAGCCCCUCGAGUUAUAAAAAUAAAAACGCGUUAUUGUGUCUGGCUCUGAGGAUUUAAAACCCUGAGCUGUGUGAGGACAUGAAAACAGAGACAUCCAUGGAUGGAGAGACCUCAGAAGCCUGUGUGAAGAAAGAGGAGACGCUGGAGCUGAAUAUCUACAGCUAUGGAGACGAUCUCGACAACCCACCUGAAGGUCUCCCCGUUAAAGUGGAAGAUCCUGACGAUAAAGACCAUCUCUACUGUGAAGUUUGCAAAUCCUUCUUCCUCAACAAAUGCGAGGUUCAUGGACCACCCCUCUUCAUCCCCGAUACUCCUGUUCCCAUGGGAGUCCCUGGCCGAGCCAGACAAACACUUCCUCCUGGGCUAGAAAUCCAGAAGUCCAGUAUUCCUGAUGCAGGCCUGGGAGUGUUUAAUAAGGGGGAGACUGUUCCAGUAGGUGCACACUUCGGCCCCUGCCAGGGAGAGCUGGUGAACCGAGAGGAAGCCAAGAACAGUGGAGACUCCUCAGUUGUAUACAGGAGCAUACAGUGUGAAGAAUACAUUGAUGCCAAAAGAGAGACGCAUGUGAAUUGGAUGAGGUAUGUGAAUUGUGCCCGCAAUGAAGAAGAACAGAAUCUUGUGGCAUUUGAGUAUCAAGGGGGAAUUCUGUAUCGUUGCUGUCGAUCCAUUAACCCAGGACAGGAGCUCUUGGUGUGGUAUGAAGAGGAGUACACCAAAGAACUCAGUCCUGCACCUACAGGAACAACCAGACAGCAAGAAGUAAAGAACGCUCUGCUGCAAGUCUUUUCAUGCUCCACAUGCCCUCGUUCCGAUGCAUCUCAAAUUUACCUCGACAAGCAUAUCCAGAGAUGCCACUAUGAAGAGUAUGUGAGACUGCGAGAAUCAGGAGAGAUGAAAUACAAGCUUCAGAUCCCCUCCAAAUGCUCCAGUCGUCAACCAACAUCAACUGAUAUUAUCCAUUCUGAUACUUCCUAUAAUGAUAUACAGAAGGAAAUUCACCACUGCUCAGAUAGUGGAAAGAGUUUUAGUUAUCAGAAUGCACUCAAGACACGCCAGCGCAUUCACACAGGGGAAAAGCCGUAUCACUGCUCACAGUGUGGAAAGAGUUUUACUCAUCAGCGUAAUCUCCAACGACACCAGCGCAUUCACACAGGAGAGAAGCUGUAUCACUGCUCACAUUGUGGGAAGAGUUUUACUCGUCAGAGUGCUCUCCAAAAACACCAGCGCAUUCACACAGGAGAGAAGCCAUAUCAAUGCUCACAGUGUGGGAAGAGUUUUACUCAGCAGAGUAAUCUCCGACUACACCAGCGCAUUCACACAGGAGAGAAGCCAUAUCACUGCUCACAGUGUGGGAAGAGUUUUACUCGUCAGAGUGAUCUCCAAAAACACCAGCGCAUUCACACAGGAGAGAAGCCGUUUCACUGCUCACAGUGUGGGAAGAGUUUUACUCAGCAGAGUAAUCUCCGACUACACCAGCGCAUUCACACAGGAGAGAAGCCAUAUCACUGCUCACAGUGUGGGAAGAGUUUUACUCGUCAGAGUGAUCUCCAAAAACACCAGCGCAUUCACACAGGAGAGAAGCCGUUUCACUGCUCACAGUGUGGGAAGAGUUUUACUCAGCAGAGUGCUCUCCAAACACACCAGCGCAUUCACACAGGAGAGAAGUCGUAUCACUGCUCACAGUGUGGAAAGAGUUUUACUCAGCAGAGUGAUCUCCAAAAACACCAGCGCAUUCACACAGGAGAGAAGCCGUAUCACUGCUCACAGUGUGGGAAGAGUUUUACUUAUCAGAGUAAUCUCCAACGACACCAGCGCAUUCACACAGGAGAGAAGCCGUAUCACUGCUCACAGUGUGGGAAGAGUUUUACUUAUCAGAGUAAUCUCCAACGACACCAGCGCAUUCACACAGGAGAGAAGCCGUAUCACUGCUCACAGUGUGGAAAGAGUUUUACUCAGCAGAGUGAUCUCCAAAAACACCAGCGCAUUCACACAGGAGAGAAGCCAUUUCACUGCUCACAGUGUGGGAAGAGUUUUACUCAGCAGAGUGCUCUUCAAACACACCAGCACAUUCACACAGGAGAGAAGCCACAUCACUGCUCACAGUGUGGGAAGAGUUUUACUCGUCAGAGUCAUCUCCAACUACACCAGCGCAUUCACACAGGAGAGAAGCCGUAUCACUGCUCACAGUGUGGGAAGAGUUUUACUCGUCAGAGUGAUCUCCAACUACACCAGCGCAUUCACACAGGAGAGAAGCCGUUUCACUGCUCACAGUGUGGGAAGAGUUUUACUCAUCAGAGUGCUCUCCAAACACACCAGCGCAUUCACACAGGAGAGAAGCCGUAUCACUGCUCACAGUGUGGGAAGAGUUUUACUCGUCAGAGUCAUCUCCAACUACACCAGCGCAUUCACACAGGAGAGAAGCCGUAUCACUGCUCACAGUGUGGGAAGAGAUUUACUCAUCAGAGUCAUCUCCAACGACACCAGCGCAUUCACACAGGAGAGAAGCCGUAUCACUGCUCACAGUGUGGAAAGAGUUUUACUCAGCAGAGUGAUCUCCAAAAACACCAGCGCAUUCACACAGGAGAGAAGCCGUAUCACUGCUCACAGUGUGGAAAGAGUUUUACUCAGCAGAGUGAUCUCCAAAAACACCAGCGCAUUCACACAGGAGAGAAGUCGUAUCACUGCUCACAGUGUGGAAAGAGUUUUACUCAUCAGAGUAAUCUCCAACGACACCAGCGCAUUCACACAGGAGAGAAGCCGUAUCACUGCUCACAGUGUGGGAAGAGUUUUACUUAUCAGAGUAAUCUCCAACGACACCAGCGCAUUCACACAGGAGAGAAGCCGUAUCACUGCUCACAGUGUGGAAAGAGUUUUACUCAGCAGAGUGAUCUCCAAAAACACCAGCGCAUUCACACAGGAGAGAAGCCGUAUCACUGCUCACAGUGUGGAAAGAGUUUUACUCAUCAGAGUAAUCUCCAACGACACCAGCGCAUUCACACAGGAUAGAAGCCGUAUCACUGCUCACAGUGUGGGAAGAUGUUUGCUUAUUUAGUUACAUUUAAGACCUUCAAGUGCACUAACUCAGAGACAUUGCAUGAUUUAAAGUUGUCAAAUUAAAUAUGGUUGUUACAGUUUUGACUGAAAAUGACCUGUACUUUGAACUUUAUUGUUCAUGUUACACUGGUCAACAAUUUUUCAGAAGUUGUCUGCUUCAGAGAUGAAGUUGGCUGUUAUGAAAUUUGGUGUGUUAAAUUAGAAGUGACAGUUAAUCAGCUGAUUGGCUAUGGCUUCCAAGAUAUUUAAGAUUUUAAAUUUUAUACUUAUGUACAUUGUAUAGAUCGUAAUGUUUUAAAUAUAAAUUGUAUAACUAGGUCUCUUCGUGUGUUUAUGGUCCGUUUACAUGAUAUUUCACCUAUUCUCUUUAUGUAACACUAGAAAAUCAGCAAAAAGUUUAUAUAAAUAAAAUGUAUUAUGAACCAAACUGCAAAAACCAAUUAUGUGUAAGUACUGAAUAGGUUUCGUCCUUAUUCUGUGUGUACACAGUGGGUUUUUAUUUAUUUAUUGGCAGCUUGUCGCUUGUAUUCAUGAAACGGAGCAUCUCUUGUCAAGCAAAGACUUGAUCUCGAGUGCAUAGCACUGUAUGAUUUUUUUUUUUUUUUUUGAGCUGAUAUAAGACCAGUUUGUUCAGCAGAGUGAUGUCAGUUGACUUAUGAAUGCAUCAUCAGUGACUUCUAGGAAUAACCUAAUGUCAUGUAUGAUGCAAUACCAGCUUCAGAUUGCAUCAUUCAUUGUUUUGCCAAAAAAGUAAGUACUAUCCAAACCCACUCAUAGAUUUAUUCAUAGAGCCAAUCUUGAAA